AUGCAGGCUGUCCUUGUCCGUCUGUCUGUCUAUCUAUCUGUUUCAUUCUGUUCGAUCUAUCUAUCUAUCAGUCUUUUAAUAUCUAUUUCUUUCUUUCUUUCUAUCUCUCUAUCUAUCUAUCUGUCUUUUAAUAGCUAUCUAUCUUAUAAUAUCUAUCUCUCUAUCUAUCUAUCUAUCUAUCUUUUAAUAUCUAUUUAUCUAUCUAUCUAUCAUUUUUUAAUAUCUAUCUAUCUAUCUAUCUAUCUAUCUAUCUAUCUAUCUAUCUUUUCCUGGUCAUUCGAUCUAUGUAUGUAUGUAUGUAUGUAUCUAUCUUUCUAUCUAUCUACUAAGCUGUCCCUAUCUAUCUAUCUAUCUAUCUAUCUAUCUAUCUAUCUAUCUACUAAGCUGUCCCUAUCUAUCUAUCUAUCUAUCUAUCUAUCUAUCUAUCUAUCUAUCUAUCUAUCUAUCUAUCUAUGUACUAAGCUGUCCCUAUCUAUCUUUCUCUAUCAUCUAUCUAUCUAUCUAUCUAUUUUCUCUGUCCCUAUCUAUCUAUUUUUUUAUUUAUCUAUCUAUCUAUCUAUCUUCAUCUAUCUACGUAAAUUGUCCCUUUUCGUUCUAUCUAUCCUAUUUAUCUAUCUAUUCAUUCGUGUGCUAAACUUUGGUCUAUUUAUCUAUCUAUCUAUCUAUCUUUCUAUCUAUCUAUCUAUAAUUUGUCUAAUCUAUCUCUAUCCUUCUCUAUCUAUCUAUCUUUCUACCUAUCUAUCUAUCUUUCUUUUUUAUCUAUCUUUCUAUCUGUCCCUUUUCUGCUAUCUAUCUAUCUAUUUUCUAUCUACUAAGCUUGAAUUUUUCUUUCGAAAUCCGCUUCGGUUCAGGUAUUUUUUUUUUUUUUUUACUCGAAAUUUCUUUUCUUUUUCUUCACCAAUUCUUUCAGUAAAUAUUUCUUUAUUUUUUUUUUAUCGCAUUUAUCUUUGUUUUUUUUUUUUCCCUCUUUUUUUUAUUUCUUUCUGCUUGUUGAUUUUUGUAUUUUUUUUACUUACCUUUCUUUCUUUCUUUUUUUCUUACAUUCUUUUUUUCUUUCACUCUGUGUUUUCUCUUCUUUCCUUCUUUAAUAUUUCUUCUUUUUUCGCUUCUUCUGUUUCAUUACUCCUCAAUUUUCUAUCUGCUGCAUUUCUUAAAGUCAAGCCCAUUUCGGUCUUUUCAUUCACCCCCUUUAAUUUUUUCUUUUCAUUUCUUUCUUUCUUUCUUUCUUUCUUUCUUUCUUUCUAUGCAUUAUUGCAUUAUUUCGUUAUUUCUUUUCCGUUUAUUCUUUCUUUCUUUCUUUCUUUCUUUCUUUCUUUCUUUCUUUCUUUCUUUCUUUCUUUAUUCUUACACUUAUUGUUUUUAUUUUUUUAUUUCACCCCUUUCUCUGUUUUGUCUAUAAUUUCUUUCUUUCCUCCUUUCUUUCUUUCUUUCUUUCUUUCUUUCUUUCUUUUUUCUUUCUUUCUUUCAAUGCAUUAUUGCAUUAUUUCGUUAUUUCUUUUCCGUUUAUUCUUUCUUUCUUUCUUUCUUUCUUUCUUUCUUUAUUCUUACACUUAUUGUUUUUAUUUUUUUAUUUCACCCCUUUCUCUGUUUUGUCUAUAA